GGAGAGUCGGCCCGGCGCUAAUGAAUCUCCGGAAGUGUUAAUUACUUUCUCUCUUUCGCUUGCAGUAAUCCUGUUACCUUGCAUUCGGCUUUUCUCCCUUUCUUUCCCUUUUUCCUUUUUUUACCUUUUUUGCUCAACUUCUCACACAACAAGCUCGGAAUGGCAAGCGAUCGCACUCCCCUUCUAGGCACAUCACCUCAGGAAGAACAGCGGAUUCAGUCCUACGUCACCGCUACUACAACAACACAAACCACUGACGACAAUGGCGACAUACAAAAGACGGUGGACGAAGAAGAAGUAGUAGUGCAACAUUCGAGAAGAGGCUGGCGAUCUUGGCGAAGUGAUUCCUACCUGCGAUCGAUAGUCAUGCUUGUUGUGAUUUUUGUCAUAUUUACAGGCUUGGAAAUUGCACUGUUAAAGCUCAAUUUGCCAGCUGUGGGCCCAGAGGACGAAGAUGCAUUAAAAUUUCCCAAGAAUCUUAAAGAACUGCGACGUCUGAACGAAAUUCUAUCCAAAUAUAUCGACAACCAUUUCGUGAACGUAUACGUCACAUACUUUGCAACCUACGUGUAUCUUCAAAGCUUCUCAGUUCCAGGCUCCAUGUGGCUCUCCAUUCUAGGCGGUGCGUUAUUCAACUUUUGGCUGACCUUAUUUACUGUUUCCAUUUGCUCUGCAAUCGGCUCAACAGUAGCAUACCUUAUCUCGGCCAGUCUGGGCUCUGUGGCGGUGGUACGCCUUAUUGGCGAUAGAAUUGCAAAGUGGAAUGAGCAGCUUGUGAACCACAAACAGCACAUGCUCAAUUACAUGAUCGUUCUGCGCAUUGCGCCGCUUCCGCCCAAUUGGACAAUCAAUUUGGGGGCGCCCCAUCUUGAAGUUCCGCUCGGGGCGUUCUUUUGGGGAACGUUCAUUGGAGUCGCGCCUCCCUCAUUCAUCCACGUGCAAGCAGGUGCUGCCUUGGAUAGACUAUCGUCAUCUGACGAACUACAGCUUGUCACUCCAACAAACGUUGCCUGUCUCGUCGCAGUAGCCAUUGUGGCCCUUAUUCCCGUCUUUGUAAGACGACAUUACAAACUGUGAUAUAUAUAUAUAUAUAUAUAUAUAUAU